GUAGAACAGUGGUGCCUGGUGGCUGCUGUGUUGAUGUGCAGGCCGAACCAUCCUCUAUGUCGCCUUCUUGCCCAUAUCGAGAUUUAGCAAAGUGUGUGAGAUAAAUUCGGAAUAACGCACAGGAUAUGUUGUAAAACACACGGCACACAGAGAAACGUGUCGCUGCAGCACAGGCCACCUCAGCAGACAUGUCAGGAAUAAAGAGGAAAAUAGAGGGCAGUGACCCCGACUACGAGGACAUUUUACUGAUCCAAAACAGCAAAAGAAACAAAGCCGCUGAACAUAAUGCACGUGAAGCAACAGUACAGAAGAUUGACACCAUCAUCAGAGAGCAGUUUGCUUUGGAGAUGAAGAACAAGGAGCAUGAAAUAGAUGUGAUCAGUCAGCGACUCAAUGAAGCCAGGAGGAUGAUGGAUAAGCUAAGGGCAUGCAUAGUGGCCAAUUACUAUGCCAAUGCUGGCAUCACCAAGAUCCCAGAGCAUUCCACUAAGAGUGACCCUGCUGUGCUGAACCAUCCAGCCAUCCGCCGGUUCCUUGAAUCCCCAUCCCGUUCCUCCUCGCCUCUCAAUCAGGGCUCAGAAACUCCGUCUCUGGCCCACUCUGAGUCGGAGUCCCUCUCACAACAAGGAGAGGGAGCUGAGAAGGAUGGAGAGGGAGGAUGGAGAGAGGACGGCAGCAGGCAGGAGCGCAGACCUGGACGCAAUAUAGGCAAGGACACAUUUGGUGUGCCAUCAUCCAUCGGAGCGGAGCAGAGGGUGACCUACCACACUACUGGAAAUGAGGCUUCUAGACUCUAUGCAAAGAAGACAAUUGUAGUGGGAAAUGUGUCCAAGUACAUUCCCCCGGAUAAGCGAGAAGAAAACGACCAGUCUACCCACAAGUGGAUGGUGUAUGUCAGGGGUUCCAGAAGAGAACCCAGCAUUGACCAUUUUGUAAAGAAAGUCUGGUUCUUCUUGCAUCCGAGCUACAAACCCAACGACCUAGUGGAAGUCAGCGAGCCACCCUUUCAUUUAACGAGACGCGGCUGGGGCGAGUUUCCCGUGAGGAUCCAGAUCCACUUCAAUGACCUUCGCAACAAACGUAUUGACAUCAUCCACCAGCUAAAGCUGGACAGGACGUACACAGGGCUGCAGACGCUUGGGGCAGAAACCGUUGUUGACGUGGAGCUCCAUAGGAACUCUCUUGGGGACGACUACAUCCCUCAGCCCUCUUCCUCCAAGGUGACUCGCAGAGCAGCCAGCCCUAUGUUGGCUACCUCCGCGCCCCAAAGUUACGAACACUCCAGUUCUCCCGUACCACAUGAUCCUGGUGUAGACAAAGCAUUCAUCAAAGCAGAGACAGGAAGGUCUGCAGGCGGCCACAGCUCUGGCCUCAGCGCCAGUGAACGCACCCCAACGCGACCAAAAGUCAGUGAUAGGAUCACUUUGGGUUCUCAUGGCAACUCGGCCUUCCAGCCCAUUACAGCCAGCUGUAAGAUUGUCCCUCAAGGACAACCACCCAGCCCCGCAGAGUCUCCUGGGAAAUCGUUCCAACCGAUCACCAUGAGCUGUAAAAUAGUUUCAGGGUCUCCCAUCUCCACUCCAAGCCACUCCCCGUUGCCCCGCACACCCACCACCUCCACCCCGGUCCACAGCAAGCAGAGCUCUUCGUCAGUCCUUAACAACCCUUACAUCAUCGUCGACAAGCCGGGCCAGGUGAUCGGCAUGGCUUCCUCAUCCGCCGCCUCCACAGGAAGCCCUUCAGCCAAACAGUCAGCUGCUCAUGGCACUCGCUCCCCUGCCCCCAAAGUUCACACUGGCACCUUCCUCUCCUCUGGGGUGAAGGUUAUUAUUAAGCAGGAGCCUGGGGAAGUCUCCACACAGCAGCAGCAGAUGGUUUCCACAGUAACCAGCCAGCAGCAACCUGCCGCUACAGCAGCACACCAGUUUGUCGCAGUAAAAGGAGGUCACAUGAUCUCCAUGUCAGCUCAGAAGCAGGCAGGAGGGUCCACAGGGGCCACAACUGGCAAGAUGUUAGGCAUUCCCGUUAGCUCCACGCUCCAGUCUGCGGUCAAACAGGUGGCCAUCAGCAGUGGACAGAUUCUGGUUGCAAAGGGAAACCCUUCUGUGUCAAAGGUGAUGAGUGGAAAGCAGGUUUUGGCUCAGGGGGUUGCCAAAGCCAUUGUCAGCGGCGCUGGCGGCAUAUCUGGUCAGCAGGCGACUGGAAAGGCGGCCGGUGGUUCAAGCGGCAAGAGUGGAGUGAUGGCUACACUUCAGCUGCCCGCCAACAACCUGGCCAAUUUGGCUAAUUUGCCUCCAGGCACCAAGCUCUACUUGACCACCAACAGCAAGAACCCCUCUGGGAAGGGGAAGCUGCUUCUCAUCCCGCAGGGAGCUAUCCUGCGAGCCUCCAGUGCAAGUCAGCAGUCCCAGAGCAGCUCGUCAGCAGGCGCUGGGGGCUCCCAGACCUCCUCCUCUUCUUCCUCUUCCUCUUCCAGCAGUCUGCCUUCCAACCUCUCCUACACAUCUUAUAUCCUCAAGCAGACCCCACAGGGAACAUUCCUGGUUGGCCAACCAGCUGCAGGUUCAGGAAAGCAAGGAGCCUCCAGUUCAGCCAGUCACACAGCAUCAUCCUCAGCAAAUGUCUCUCAGCAGGCCAUCCGGGUGACGGCUGGACAGAAGGCGGCCAUCCUGGCUCAGGUGGUGGGCGGCUCCCAAGGAGCCCAGGUGAAGUUGUCUGAUGGCUCGGUUAAGACGGUCACGGCAGCUGCAGCAGGUCACUUGUCCAAGCCAGGAACGACCACGUUGAGGAUGACAGGCGGAGUCAUCACAGCUGCCAGCUCCACCCCGAGCUCUGUGAGCGCUGCAGCAGGUGCAGCCAGCCAACAGCAGGCUGCAGACUCUGGUAAACCAUCCUCCCAGCACCACUCUCUCCUGGUGGCAGCAAACCAAGCGGCGGUAAUUAAUGCAGCGAAGAGUGCCAGUGCGGCCGCUGGAGGCAGCCUGUCAAAGUCAGCGGUGGCCACCCUGGUGAAGGGUGCUGGCAACGCCGCCACACUGACAAAGAGCGCCGCGGGUUCAACCGGAGCUGUGGUUACAGUCGCCAAGGGCGUUACCAACAUGCCCGUCAUCAGCAUGUCUAAGGGUGCAGGGGCGGGGUCUGUGGUGGGUGUGCCCAAGAGUGGCGGCACAUCAUUGGUCACUGGAGCUUCAUUGGUUAGCAGUGUGGCAGCAGGAGGAGGGAAGACAGGUGCAACACUCUCAGGUAUGCUGAAGAUCCACUCAGGAGGUUCCAGCUCCCAGCAGACCGUCCUCACCAUCCCCGCCAACCAGCUGAAGCAGCUGGGGGUCGGCACGGGAUCUGGAGGGCUGCAGACCAUCCUCAUGCCAGUUGGGAAAGUGGUGUCUAAAGGCCCAGUCUCCAGCACUGCUUCCCCUUCCUCCUCCUCCUCCAUCAUCCCUGGAGUGGCUGGAGCUGGAGCCUCCCAGAGUCCCGUCGGCCACGCGUCCCCCUCCCUUGCCCUGCCUCUGGCACAAGUAAAAACAGAGCCAGGUGCUGGCACAGCUGUCACAGCUGGUCCGUCGCCCCCGGUGUCCGCUCCUGCCCAUGUGGCUUCUGCAGCUACCACUGUUAAGCAGGAGCAAGGAGCAGACAACACUGCACAUGACCUCAUCAACACUGAGCACAUAGAGACCAUGAUGCAGCUACUAACGGCUGUGGUUAAGAAGUUCCCUCUGAUUGUGCCAGAAAAGACUGAAGACUCCCAUCCAUUCUGUGCCUCUUCAACAGAACAGUAUUAUUCCUGGAAUAUUGGAAAGCGCAGAGCAUCUGAGCUUCAGCGUGCGGUGGCUGUAAAGCGGGUCGUCCAGGAUGUGUUGGACCGCUCGCCCCGCCUGCAGGCCCUCACCCCUCCAAAGACCAGAGAGGUGGUUCAGUGGUGCCGACAGAGAGGCUACACCCCGCCUGACCUCGAGCCCCAACGCAGGACUGAUGACGAGUCAAUCGAGGACAUUCUAACGCAGAUAGACAACGAGCCUGAGUGCCCGACCACCCUGAGCAGCUGCGAGGAGCUGGUGCUGAGACUGGAGCAGAUGCAAGCUCUGCUGAAGACCGAACCAGAGGAGACAGACGACGAGAUAGUCGACAUUGUCACUGUGACUCCUCCCUGCCAGAAACUGAAGGUCAAAGAGGAGGAGCAGGAGGCCGAUGCGGAGCCCAAGUUCUUCCUGGGACCCUGCAUGUCGGCCCAGUUUGUCAGUGAAACAGCUCAGCAGAUCGGUGUGACCUUCCAGCCGGUCGAGGUUGAGAAGAACGUGUUUGCUCCUGUAGUGGAAGCCAUGAUUCUGAAGGCUACUGAACAGUUUGCCAGUGACGUCCUGAGAGAAGCUCUAGCUGGGGCCUACGCCAAAUCCCCUCAGAACAGGGCUCCGAGAGAGAUCACAGCCACGAACAUCCACCAGGCGGUCGGCAGCAUCCCCACCUGUGACUUCCUCACCAACACACACAUGGGUUACCAGUCUAAAGACCACUGAGGGACAUUGGCUGGAGACUUACACACACAGAGAUGUGAGGACGGUCUGAACGGCUGCUUGUAACAGAGAUACUCCACUGUGGGAAGAGUCACACCUGGGUGUCGCCCGAGGUUGUGCAGCGAUAACUAAUGUCCUGCAUUCGGUAACUCGAUCACAGAAGUGCUUCGCUCGUUUCCCCACAGCAGCAGAAUAUCAAAUGUUUGUAAUACUCGGGGUAUAUUGUAACAUUUAAGUCCUUGUGUUUGGAGUAGAGCGGCAGUGUGGGGCUUCUGUUAUUUGAUUUUAAGGAGCUGUGGUGCUCGCACUUUCCACUGAACAACAAGAUUAUUUCAAUAAUGAAGUGUUGGACUUACAGGGCUGAAUAAUGGUAUCAGAUAGCUGUCAUGUUUCCCUGAACGAGGAGGAGCAAGUUUGCCAGCAGAGGUGAAACACAGACGUACAGAAAACAAGACACACUAAGAACAUCUUCGUCACUACAGACAUCCUUUGUUCCACUUUGGUGACACUUGGCAGAGGUAAUUAUGUCUCUUAGCGCUGCUGUCUAAGGCUCUUUUGAAAAAAGGAGAGGUGACUGAUUCAUGUUUUUAAGUUGCAGACAGAUUAUGUCACCGAGAUCUCCAUCAAGUCGGAAAAUUAGUGUGUGUUAAAGCCUGAGGAAUGACUCUUACUGUUAUUGUGAGUCCAAUACAUCACUUUGGAUAUGUAUAGUCUCUCCGUCAUGAACUGGGCUUGACGUAUUUUUAAAAGUGUUUUUAAGUGUUCUGUUGAACAACUAGUAUGUAUCAAUCAUGUAAAAUAUAACCAAUAUGAAAUGAAUGGUGUUUUCAAAUCCUGUUUUAUUUUUUUAUCCGGUAUAAAGAACUGUUAACAUUGAUGCUCUAACACCAGUGAAUGUGUGAAUGAGUGUGUGUGGAUACUUGUGGAUGCAGUCAUCACAGAAGUUUGUGAAUUUGAUGCUGUGUGUAUGUAUGUAUGUGUGUGUAUGUCUGUCUGAGUGUGUGUGUUUGUCUUUUGUCAGCUGAUAUAGCGUUGGUAAUUCUGUCUAACGUGGAGCUUUACAUUUUGUUGAUAUUUUGGACGAUUGAAGAAGUGUUCUGAGUGUCUGUGAAGCCUGUUCAUCCACAUUAGUUGCAUAAGAAACCCAAACAUAUUUUCAUGUUUCAGUGCAAACCAAAAAUAUCAUCAAUAUUCUUGUAAUAAAUAAAAAGAUGAGUUGAAAGUA